AUGUCCUCACCGGCAGUAAAAGAUACAGCACCGAGAAAUACCUCGGCGGACGAAAUCCAAAUGAAUACCACCCCGACGAACAAGAUGACGAAAUCCGAUGCCUGGAUCGAUUUUACCUCGAUGGAGCUCCGACAAUUACAUGCUAGUCAACAAGAAGCAAUGAAGAAAAUUAAUGAGUUUUCCGGUGAAUCUGAUGAAUCGGACAUUGAUGAAUGGAUAUAUGAUUUAACAAAUUUAUUCUCGCUGAUGAAAUUACAAGAUGAAACAAAAGUGCUGAUGGCAAUGGGGAAACUUACGGGAUCAGCCUUACGUUGGUAUCAAGAAAAUCUAACAUCAUUCGACAAUUGGAAAGAAGCCGAAGAUGCAUUACAUAAUCGGUUCCGGACAUCAGCGUCGAUUGGUCAACUGAUACAAGAAUUUUUCCAACUUCGACAAGAAGAAGAACAAUCGGUAACAUCGUUCUACGACAUGGUCAUGCGUAAAUACCGACAACUCGGCAAAUCAAUCACCGAGAACCAAAUUAUCACAGUAUUGCAAGCCGGCGUGAAACGUUCACUGAAAGAACAUCUAUUCCGUAAUGAAGUGAACAUGUCGAGACCAGACGAAUGGCUGAUAUGGGCGAGAGAUGAGGAACGGGUGCAGCGACGAAUUCAACAACGCAUUACGCCACCACGAGCAGAAACACGUAAACCAUACUUCGAACCAACGUUAUCGACAGCAGNACGGUAG